AUGCAUCAAUCUAUCCAACCCGGUAGAGCUUCCAGAGAGUCUAUCCCAGACUUCCCCAUCAGGCAUGCCCGUCUUGAAACGCGUGAGGAGCAGGGCCCCGUUAUUGCCGGUCCUCCCUGGGAUGAAUUUCCCGAGGAAUAUCGCCCUCGUGGGGCCCUCGAUGACGAAUUAUUUGUUGGCGGUAUCCUCUACCCUCGUGAUGAGAAUGAUACCGUUGGCAGUGUCGAAAACCUACCUUCUGUUAGUGGGAAUAGCCAAAAUAGCACCGCUCAUCACUCUGACGAUGAUAUUCCACCCAUGCAUGAUUCUCAGGGUACUUCUCAGGGUACUUCUCAGGGUACCUCUCAGGUUACUUCUCAGGCUACUUCUGAGGUUACUUCUCAGGUUACUUCUUACGGUACUUCUCAGGGUACCUCUCAGGGUGAUACCACUUCCGGAAGCUCGGAGGAUCCCAUUAUUAAUGGUCCUCCUAUUCUCCUGGAUGAAGCAGCCCUGCAAAUCUUGGAACAGGAAGUCCGCCGAAUCGAGGCAUUCGUGGAACACCUCGACGGCUUUAUUCGUCAUUUGACAGACAGAUCAAGGGACCCGAAUGUGGAGUAUCGCUUCCAAGAGUUCACUCGUAACCGCUCACUUAUCCCGUCCAGAAAUUAUGAAAACAUUUUACGCCAAGCAACGGCGGAGAGUUCUACCAUCGAAACUGCUCUGCCCCUCGCGGAAGCAACUCCAGUUGGAGAACAUGAGCAGCGUACCGAUGAGGCAAACACUCUUCAAGACGAGGAUAAUGAGCAUGCUAGCUCGGCCAACGAUGAGAAUGAAAACAUGGAUAUUGCCGGAGAUGAGUAA